UUGUUUUUAUAAUCAAGAUGAUUGAAAGUGUCAGAUCUAUAUUUACAACACAGAAAGCCCAGUCAUGAUCUAUAUUUAAUUUAAACGUCGAAUUCACUUUCUUUUUAACGUCGUGACAAUUAAUACCGCAACAAGGCUGCGUAGGAUAGAGAUGGUCAACGAAUUGGAACGUGGCCCAACGGCGCCACUGUUUGAAAACUCCGGGUUGUGGUGCUGUUUUGUGUUGUUUAGCACUGACGUUUUCUACUCAUUUUCUUUUGUUAAAUCAGUUAAAACCCAUUUUGGGGUAGUUAUGGGUGUUCACGAUUUGUGGUCUAUCGUCGAGCCGGUUCGUGAGUCGGUGCCGCUCUACAGUUUGAGCGGAAAGACGCUUGCAGUUGACCUGAGUUUAUGGGUGUGCGAGGCCCAGCAUGUCCAAGCAAUGAUGGGAAGAGUUACCAAGCCGCACCUGAGGAAUUUAUUUUUUAGGGUAUCAUCCCUCACGCUUAUGGGGGUGAAGCUUGUCUUUGUGAUGGAAGGAGAAGCCCCGAAACUUAAAGCAGAAACCAUGAGCAAGAGGACAGAAACAAGACGUGGAGGAUUCAAAAAGGCGCCUGCCUCUAAGUCUAACGUUACAACAAACACCAGCAGAGGGCGCUUUAAAGCUGUACUUAGAGAGUGUUCAGAGAUGUUGGACUAUCUGGGUGUGCCGUGGGUGACAGCUGCUGGGGAGGCUGAGGCCAUGUGUGCCUACCUGGACUCUCAGGGCCUGGUGGACGGCUGCAUCACUAAUGAUGGAGACGCGUUCUUGUAUGGAGCCCGGACUGUCUACAGGAACUUCAAUAUGAACAGUAAAGACCCUCAGGUGGACUGUUACAGGACCUCCAGGGUACAAACACAGUUACAUCUCUCCAGAGAGAAUCUUGUCGGUCUGGCCAUCCUCCUUGGCUGUGAUUAUAUUCCUAAAGGCAUACCAGGUGUUGGUAAAGAGCAAGCUCUGAGGCUUAUCCAGAUGCUGAAAGGACAAACAAUGCUGCAGAGGUUCAUCCAGUGGAAGGAGGAGAAUGCAGAUGUGUCUGAGGGAGUUGUGAAGAAGGUUGCUCACUGUCUCGUAUGUCGACAUCCUGGCUCAGCGAAAGCCCAUGAACGUGGUGGCUGUGUGCUUUGCGACAGUAAACAUUUCUGUCAACCUCACGACUUUGACUACCAGUGUCCCUGUGACUGGCACCGCUAUGAACAGACCCGCCUGGCUGUGUCUUUUGAGGCAAACAUCAGGAAGAAAACACUGGCAAGUCAACAGUUCCCCUUUACAGAGAUCAUUCGUGAGUUCCUGAUCUCCAAGGAUAAGCCUGUGUCACAUUUCAAGAGGAGACAGCCAAAUAUGCUGUUGAUGCAGAAAUUUGCCUAUGACAAGAUGGAGUGGCCGAAGCACUACACCAGUGAAAAGGUUUUAGUCUUGAUGACCUACACAGAGUUGAUGAACAGAAAAUAUGGAAGAGAAAUGUCCUCCCAAAUCAAGCCCGUCAGAAUAUUGAAGCCGAGGGUGAGGAAUGCCGUCGCUUGCUUCGAAAUCAUCUGGAGCACACCAGAACAUUAUGUGUUUCCUGAGGAUCAGCCUGCAGAGGAUCAACAUGAGGUGAGGACGGUGGAGGAAGAGUCUCUCUUCCGUUGGGCCUACCCAGAGGUGGUAGAGAGCUACCUGAGAGACAAAGCUCUGGCCGAAGAGAACAAGACCAAGAGGAAGAAGCCAAAGAGUAAAAAGGAGAAGCAAUCUCAAGUCUCAGAUAGUAUUUCUGACCUCUUGGCUCAGAUGACCCUACAAAGUUCCUCUAACACUCAACCACAAACGCUGCUCCCUACUAUUUCAAACACAGAGGAACCAGACGUGGUGGUUUUGGACACUCCAGUGAACCAUAAACAGCAGCGGAAGUCAAAAGAAGACCACAGCAGUCUGAGUGAUUGCCCCAAUACUCCUCUGUCUCAUGCAGAAUCAGAGGCCCUUGCUUCGCCUUCUGUCUCUGCUGUUAUCAACGCUUUACAGCUGAGUGAUAUUGACUGGGAUGCUUUGUCCUUCACGUCUUCUCCAACUCCACAAUCAGCCGUAAACCACACCACUGAGCCCCAGCUAAGCAAAACCACAGACAGUGAGGUCAAGGAAACAGAGAGCGAAAACACCUCAAGUGACGUCAAAGAAGCAGACUCCAGAUCUGCUCCAGAGUUGUGCUACACAGAGUGUCCUCUAAGGGACAGGGUGCUCAUGAGGAACACAGCUAAAGCUAUAGACCAGAUAGAGAUACACAAUGAUGUGGUCUCAAAACAACUAAACUAUGAGUUCGCUUCUCUCAAACACAUUCCUUCUCAUAACUCACAACUAAAUGGACAGAUCCCCAGUAAAGGUAGCAAUGACUUGACUGAAUUGUCAGGAAAAGAAUCAGCUGUUAACAAAAAAGAACCACUCACUGACAAAAGGCAGUGUGCAACAAAUAAGGCAGAGACAGAAACUCACAGUUCAAAGCAGCAAUUGAGGCCUACAGUACAAGCUCAAAGUAAGACAAAGGACAAAUGUAAUGACUCCCAAAAGCCUCCUCAGAAGUAUAAAUUUGUCAGAACAGCCACUUCAUCAUCGGCUGUCCCACCACAGAGGUGCCACUCUGACCCAGGUCAAAGCGACAAGGGCAGGAACCUGCCGCAGACCACCAAGAAGAGUGUAUGUAUGAGCAUGUGUUUGUCCAGCGAGGAAAGCGAUGCAGAGAAUCAGCAGUUUGGACCUCAAAGAAAAGCAAAGAUCAAGCCUAUAAACAAGAUCAAGGGCAGCUUCCUUUCAGACUUCCCCCUGAAACCAGUUUCUGGACCUAAAACAACCAAACAAACAGCGAAAACGUAUCAACUAAUACCCAUAUCAACAAAAAGCACAUGCCAGGAUGUCUCACCAGCUAAUGUGGAUAGUGAUGUGCCCCUUCAGACUCCAGCAUCACCUGUCGCUGUGUUAGAUAGUGAUGAUUCAGUGAUUUGUAGUGAGAGUCCGCUGCCACUGGCAGAGAGACUGAGACUGAAAUUCCUGAAGUGAGCGGCAUGAUUACAAGAUGAUGGACAAGAACUUGUAAGCUAUUGUAUGUUGAAUAUGAAAGUUUACUUAACCUUGGGAAUAGUUUGACAAAACAAAAUCCUAGCUCAAGGUCCACUUACUUACUUUUAACAGUAGAGCUGCAACAAUUAGUCGAUUAGUCAACUGACAGAAAAUUUAUCAGCAACUCUCGAUAAUCCAAUAAUUGUUUAAGCCGUUUUUCAAGCAAAUAAGUCAAACUUGUGAUGAUUCCAGCUUCUCACAUAUGAGAAUUUGCUGCUUUUCCUUGUCUUAAUGUUAUAAUAAAUUGAAUAUCUUUGGGUUUUGGACUGUUGAUCAGACAAAACAAGACAUCUGAUGGCAUCAGUUAGGGCUUAAAGCAAAUUGUGAUUUUUUUUCACUGUUUUCUUAUGUUUUAUGUACCAAACAAUUAAUCAAGAAAAUAAAAGUUAGUCUUAGCUUUGCUACACCCUGUGAUCCUAAAUGGAACAGUGUCUGUAGUUGUGCAUAAACACAGUUUUAAGUAUUAAAUGGGUGAGAUGUGGUUUGAAAGCCCUAGAAAAAGCUACUAAUUGGAUCUUGAGUCAAACUUUUUUUUUAAUCUAUUUCUUUACAUA